UAUAAUCUUAGCUGGCUUGAAAGCUGAAACCAGAAGCUCUCAACCGACUUCAAUUACAACAUCUGUUCAAACUGAGCUCCCAGAUAAUGAAAAAAGUGAACCUGAUGAUCUUCCAAGUGGCGAUGACAACACCACCACUGAGGAUCAACCACAAGUGGACUUCACUAAGCUUACAGGGAAACAAAAGAAGCUAUUUGAGUUGAGGCUGAAGAUGAACGAGGCAAGGAAAGCCAAUCAAAGUGCCAUGGUGGCAGAAAAGAAAAGAAAGGAUGGUCCACAAGAGUCGAGGGGAAUUUCAAAACAGAAGUGGUUGGAUGAGAGGAAGAAGAAGAUCGGGAAACUUCUAGAUGCAAACGGGUUGGAUAUGAAAGAAGCAUAUAUGUUAGAUACGCAGCAGGUGGCAGAAACAAAGUACAAAAAAUGGGAGAAGGAACCUGCUCCAGCUGGUUGGGAUGUGUUUAAUCAGAAAACCUUGUAUGAUGCGCACAAGAAAAGGACAAAGAAGAUUGACGUUGAUCUUGAAGAAUACAACAGAAUGAAGGAAGCAGAUCCUGAGUUUUACAGAGAAGCUUCAAGUCUGCAAUAUGGAAAGGCACCUAAAGUUUCAGAGGAUAAGAUUGAAAGGAUGGUGAAGGAGCUAAGGGACAAAGAUGAGAAGAGGAAUGCGUUUAGUAGGAGAAGAAGAUUUCAUGAAGAGAAGGACAUCGACUCCAUUAAUGACCGUAACGAGCAUUUCAAUAAGAAGAUUGAACGCGCGUUUGGCAGAUACACGCUCGAGAUCAAGAACAAUCUCGAGAGAGGAACUGCUUUGCCUGAUUGAUUCGAAGGUAUUUGCGUUUCUUGCAUACUUUUCAUGUGUAACAAUAGUUGAAUGUGCGCUUUCGUUACUGGAUUGUAAGCAGAUAUUGUAAGUCUUAAGCAAUGAUAGCAACUUGUGUAUUUUGGUAUUAAUUUAAGACACUGCCUUGCUA